AUGCCUAAGAAGGCCAUUGACUCCCGCAUACCGGCGCUGAUCCGCAAUGGUGCCCAAGAAAAGAAGCGAAGCUUCUUUGUAGUUGUCGGAGAUCGUCAAAAGGACGUGAUUGUCAACCUUUACCACAUUCUGCUCAGCGUGGACGUCAAGUUGAACAAGUCAGUACUAUGGGCAUACAAGAACAAGCUUCUGGGCUUCUCGAGUCACCGGAAGAAGCGCGAAAAGAAGAUAAAGAACGAAAUCAAGCGAGGAGUCCGCGAUGUCGAUACCGAUGACCCAUUCGAACUAUUCGUCUCCACGCAGAACAUUCGGUACUGCUACUACAAGGAAACCGACAAGAUUCUCGGAAACAAUUAUGGCAUGUGCAUUCUGCAGGAUUUCGAAGCCCUUACGCCGAAUCUGCUCGCGCGUACGAUAGAAACAGUAGAGGGUGGCGGGUUGGUCAUAUUAUUGCUGAAGGGCAUGAGCAGCUUGAAGCAAUUGUACACAUUAUCUAUGGAUAUCCACUCGAGAUACCGGACCGAGGCGCAUACCGACGUUGUUGCGCGCUUCAAUGAGCGCUUCAUACUAUCGCUGGGCAAAUGCGACAGCUGCCUGGUGGUUGACGACGAGCUCAACGUGCUACCCAUUUCCGGCGGAAAGCACGUCAAGCAACUACCGCCACCAGACACAGAGCUCGAAGGCAAGACACUAAAGGCGAAAGAGCUGGCUGAGAUCAAGGAGUCAUUGGCAGACACUCCUCCUACUGGAGACCUCGUCAAGCUUGCAAAGACUGUGGAUCAGGCAAAGGCUCUGUUGACCUUUGUAGAGGCUAUCGUGGAGAAGACACUGCGCAGUACGGUUACUCUGACUGCGGCCCGUGGACGAGGAAAGUCUGCAGCUCUGGGUGUUGCUGUAGCAGCAGCAGUCGCGCAUGGCUACAGCAACAUCUACAUCACAUCGCCAAGUCCGGAGAAUUUGAAGACACUAUUCGAGUUCAUUCUCAAGGGAUUCGAUUCGCUCAACUAUGUAGAUCACCAAGAUUACACCAUUAUGCAGUCCACUCAACCCGAGCAGAACAAAGCCAUCGCAGAGCUUCUGGUCAUUGAUGAGGCUGCUGCUAUUCCUCUACCGCUCGUACGAAAUCUCAUGGGACCUUACCUCGUCUUUAUGGCUUCGACUAUCAAUGGUUACGAAGGAACUGGCCGAUCGCUCUCCUUGAAGCUUAUUCAGCAACUUCGCGAGCAGUCCAGGAGCGGAACCGAGACAUCGAUAUCAAGUAGAUCGCUCCGGGAAAUUACGCUGUCGGAACCUAUCCGUUACGCUCAAGGUGACUCGGUUGAACGAUGGAUGAACGAUCUCCUAUGUCUCGAUGCAACCCUGCCACGGAAAUCCAGCACCCAAGGAUUCCCAUUCCCCGACAAAUGUCAGCUGCUUCAUGUGAACCGCGAUACCCUCUUUUCCUACAAUCCGGCCGCCGAAAAGUUCCUACAGAAGAUGAUGGCGCUGUAUGUUGCAAGUCACUACAAGAAUACGCCCAAUGAUCUCCAGCUCAUGUCUGAUGCGCCUGCACAUCAACUGUUUGUCCUCACUGGACCCACAGAGGAGAGCAAGCUUCCCGAGCCCCUCUGUGUUAUCCAGGUAGCACUUGAAGGUCAGAUCAGCAAGGAAAGUGUGCUUAACAGUUUGAGACGAGGACAACGUGCAGGAGGUGACUUGAUUCCGUGGAUCGUGUCUCAGCAGUUCCAAGACGAAAACUUUGCCAGUCUCUCAGGUGCACGUGUAGUGCGGAUAGCGACAAACCCAGAGUACGCCAACAUGGGAUACGGAUCAAAAGCACUGCAACUUUUGGUCGAUUUCUACGACGGCAAGCUCGCAAGCUUAUCGGAAAACGAGCCCCAGGAAGUAGAGCAGAUGCGAAGGAUCACGGAAGAAGAUUUGGAGGAGGUAUCACUCCUCAAGGACAAUGUCAAGAUUCGAGAGGCAAACGAGAUGCCACCGCUCUUUGCCCGACUACCAGAGCUUAAAGCACCGAAACUGGACUACGUCGGUGUAUCCUACGGUCUCACACCACAGCUCCAUAGAUUCUGGAAACGUGCAUCAUUUGUGCCAGUAUACCUCCGCCAGACGCCAAACGACUUGACAGGCGAACACACAUGCAUUAUGCUGAGGUCUCUCGAGACAACAUCGUCCGACGGCAGUUGGGUCGCGGCAUUUGCCAAGGAUUUCCAGAAGCGCUUCCUGUCGUUACUAUCUUACCACUUCCGCACAUUCCCCUCAAUAACCUCACUCUCAAUCGAAGAAUCCGCCUCUGCCGGCUCCAAACUCGACGCUGAUCUCGCCGCAACACCAAUAACAAAAGCCGAAUUAGACGCCCUUUUCACUCCCUUCGACCUCAAGCGUCUAGAGUCCUAUGCAAACAACAUGCUAGACUACCAUGUCAUCCUCGACAUGCUACCAUCCAUCGCCACUCUAUAUUUCACUAGCCGUUUCAAAGGCAUCGUCAAGCUCAGCGGCAUACAGAAUGCGCUGCUACUCGCUAUCGGCCUGCAGCGUAAGGAGUUCUCAGAUGUGGAGAAGGAGUUGAACCUCAACUCUAGCCAACUCAUGGCCAUGUUCGUCAAGGUUGUAAGAAAAUUUGCCACAGCCUUCCGCGGCAUUGUCGAGCGCGCAGUCGAGGAAACUUUGCCCGAGGCCAUGGAAGGUGUUACCGACGAUAAUGCGGCAGAGGCGGGCGCACAAGAUGGAAAUGUGCCCACACGUAGCUUCCAGCCACUAGAGAAAGAUCUCCAAGAAGAGCUGAGAGAGGGCGGAGACGAAUUCCUAGAAGAGGAAAAGGAGAGGCAGAGGACCAACAUGACCGUAGCCGUCAAGACGGGCGAAAAGAAGCGCAAAGUAGGCGAGGCCGUAGAAGAGGCCUACAAAGAAGCGGAAAAGUUCAAGGAAAAGAAGUCAAAGAAGCAUAAGUCGGGCAAAAGGGCUUGA